GUCUUUAUAAAAUCAAGCAGCCUUUGGUGGCCAAAGACAAAGGUACCAAGAAGGGAUUAGAGUCUUGAGGGUGAAGAGCCUGUUCUAGUCAUGGGGAGAGUUGUCUGGCUCGUGUUGUGUUUCUGCCUCUUUAUCUCCACUUCUGCAGAGUCUGGCCAAUGUCCAGAUGUAAAGAUUUUGGGUGUUGGGGAAUCUGACAAGAUUGCUAUACUCCAAGGCUGCCCAGGACUUCCUGGCCCCCCUGGUCCCAAAGGAGAAGCUGGUUCUGAUGGAAAGAGAGGGGAGAGAGGCCCCCCUGGAGCUCCUGGGAAGGCAGGUCCCAAAGGAGAUGUUGAAAUAAUGGAUCCAUGCAAGACAGGAAGUAGAAACUGCCGUGAGCUUUUCAGCAAAGGGAACACUCUGAGUGGCUGGUACACUAUCUUCCUCUCUAACUGUAAACCUCUUACUGUGUUCUGUGACAUGGAUACUGAUGGCGGGGGAUGGAUUGUUUUCCAAAGAAGAAUAGAUGGUUCUGUGGAUUUCUUUCGGGACUGGGCUACAUACAAGAGAGGCUUUGGCAGUCAGCUGGGGGAGUUCUGGAUAGGAAAUGAAAACCUUCAUCUGUUGACAGUUCAAGAAACCUCUGAGCUCCGGGUUGAUUUCAUUGACUUUGAUGGCAAUUACUCCUUUGCCAAGUACAAGUCAAUCCACAUUGCCAGUGAGGAGGAAAACUAUAAGCUGAUCCUAGGAAACUUUGUGGAAGGUGAUGCAGGUGACUCAAUGACUUACCAUAACAACAAUGGCUUCUCCACCAAAGAUCGAGACAAUGACUCUGAUAAAGAAAACUGUGCCCUUCGAUACAGAGGAGGCUGGUGGUACAAACAAUGCCACCUGGCUAACCUGAAUGGCUUAUACUUGCGAGGCUCCCAUGAGAGUUUUGCCAAUGGAAUAAACUGGAAAACAGGCAAAGGUUACCACUAUUCCUACAAAGUCUCUGAGAUGAAGCUGAGGCCUAUUUAGCUUGGGCUGGGACAUUUUCCAUUGGAAUUUUGGAAUACCCGAGGCAGCAGACUGUACCAGACUAGAAGGCGACAACUAGAGCACUUAGCUCAGUUUCACAGCUAAUGUUAUUUUACUAACUAUGUGAUUUGGGGCAUGAAAUUACCUAGCUUGGACUCAGUCUCCUCAUCUGAACAAUUGAGACUAUAGUACUAGCAUUAUCUAACAUAUUUCUUGGAAGUCCCAAAGAGAAUCUUUGUGAAAUAAUGUUUGUAAUAAUGAGACAUAUAAAUAA